AUGAAGCACAUACUGGGAAAGGUCGUGUCUGCGGCCCUACUUCUGCCCGCCGUUAUGGCAGCGGAUGGCCCCAUGGUUCCUGACUACGAAGUCCAUCUGCUAAUGGACCCCUCUGCUGUUCUCGGUUCCGACUUCAAGCUCACGCCCACUGUUCUCUCCACCUUUGCCAUGCCAACGACUGUCACAAAGAUCAACGUACAAUACCUUGACACAACUACCGAAGACUUUCAUGUCAAUGGAUGGAGCUGCCGCAUCCGCAACGUUGAGAACAAGAGCGGCUUUGACCUCACGUACAAGUGGCGUCUACCGGUCAGCAACGGGGACAUCAACGGGGCGCUGAACACGGCUUUCAGCGACGGCUGGAACUCGGGCCAAGGCAACUACGAUGCUCAAAUCGACUGGCUGUAUUCUGCUCAGACGCUCUCUAUUCAGAGAGACUAUUCAGCGUCAUCACAGGGAUACAGCGGCACGGACGACCCAAACGAGAAGGACUCCCGCAACAUGCUUGAAGACAACGCCCCGGGCAUGUUUGACGACUGGGUCUCGGACGGCUGGGGUACCAGUCUGCUGAAGAGCGCCGUUAUUUACGGCCCAAUUCUGACCAAGCGCUCCACCGGAACGUGGAAUGGCCUGGAACUCGACAUUGAGGUGUGGCCGAUUGAGAACUCGAGCGGCACUGGGAUCGAGUACCUUGUUGAGGCCUCUUUCAAGACGGAUGACUAUGAUACAGCUUCAACGCUGCGCGAUCAGCUGAUCACACUCCUGCAAAACAAUGGCUGGUUCUUGGCCGAGAGCGUGUCGAAGGAGGACCUGGUCAUGGAAAACUACCACCCAACAUCUUAG